AUGAGUGACCUUGGAGGAGUGACGGCGACCUUCAACCAGUCCUCCAUCACAACCAACCUCACCAAACCCUGCAACCCGGUUGACGCUUCGGCUCGCCUCUUCUUCAUGAUCAUCUACAGCCUGGUGUUCCUGGUGGGUUUGCUGCUCAAUGGCUUCACCCUGAGGGUUUACUUCUGUGGAUCUCAGCAGCAGCAGCAGACGUCCAGCUGCGUCACCAUCUACCUGAAGAACCUGGCGGCCGCUGACUUCCUGCUCAGCCUCUGCCUGCCAAUCAGAAUCACUUACUACGCCUCCGACUCUUUCCAGGUCCGCCUCGUCUACUGCAACUUUGGCGCCUCCACCUUCUACCUCAACAUGUACGCCAGCAUCCUGUUCAUGGGCUACAUCGCCGCCAACAGGUAUCUGAAGAUCGUCCAUCCUUUAGGAACUCACUUCCUGCAGACGGUCCGAGCUGCCCACAUCAUCUCCACGGUGACCUGGGGCUUCCUCCUGACCAUCACAGGCGCCUACGUCCUGGUGUCUCUCCUGACGCAGGAAGUCCUGGACUCCAUCCCCAACACGAUGCGGUGCGACGACCUGCACAGCUGGCAGCUCCACCUGCUCUACAAGAUCAUCCACACCUGCUCCGUCGCCAUCUUCCUGGCGGUCCUCGUUUCCCUCGUCUUCUUCUACCGCAGCAUUUCCCGCCGGCUGUCGGAGGCGCAGGAGCGGCAGCCGGCAUCCUCCGGCUCCAAGAAGCUCGCCAAGUCCCGCCGCAACAUGCUGGUGCUGGUGAGCGUCUUCUGCGUGUGCUUCGUCCCGUACCACCUGGUCCGCCUGCCGUACGCCCUGCGGUCCAGCUGGUGGUGCUCGUGGGACCGGGUGUUCUACUACCUGAAGGAGCUCACCAUCAUGGUGUCGGUGCUCAACGUGUGCCUGGACCCGCUCAUCUACUUCAUCUUCUGCAAGGCCUUCAGGUCGCAGCUGAGCCUAAGGAGGGUGUUCAGCGGUACGCAGGCCACCGCGACCGGCGCCGAGCGGCGGAGCAGCGACGGGGGAAUCAGCGGCAUCAGGAUCAACAGCUCGACCACGAGGCACAUCGGCGUCCUGUAGCUUCGAGCCAACAAACUCCGGGACUCACGCCGGUAAACACAACAGCAAAUACGUCCAAAAACUGACACCUGCUGGUAAAAAUCCAGCCAACAGAAUAUUUCAAGACUUCGAGAAGACCAUAAAAUCCAUAAACGAUGUAAAAAGUACCGGCAAGAGUACCAGGAAUAAAUAAUCCUGGAAUACUGUAAAAACUGUGAAAAUAACAGCAAAUAUUUGUAAAAUAAUUAUACUUUUGACCUAAUUUAUAUGAAGUAAAACUGUGUAAUUUUAUGACCAGACUUUGUAAAAUAUUGCUUUACUAUUUGUUAAAAUGCAGAUGAUUAAUGUAGAAACUAUGUACAGUUUAGAACGUGGUAGUCAACAUGUAAAUUAACAAGUUUUUUUUAUUAAAUGUGUAAAAUGCUGAAUUAAAUAGACCAAAUAUAUCGUAAUGGAGUCAUUGCAGGGUCAAACAUUGCAAAACACAGAUUUAUGUGUAUUUUUUGCCAGGUUGUUAAAUGUAUUUAUUUACUUUUCUGCAGUCAAUAAGUAAAUUGUUUUUAUUUUUGGUUGUAUGAUUUUUACAGGAUAGAAUCUCUAAUUUAACGAACUAAGAAAAUCUGUGAAAUAGCUGAAUUAUUUUUAUUUCUGAAUUAAAUAUAGUAAAAAAAACAAUAGAGAGAUUUUACAAUCAAAUGUUAUAAAAGUACUCAUUGAUGUUUUUAAAAUACGGACGAUCGAUGUGGAAUUAACGUAUUUAUUUGCUUUUCUGCAGUCAACAUGUAAAUAAGUUUUCUCAGAUUUUACUAAAACAAAACGGGGAAAAUCCGUAAAAUAACUGUAAAUUGUUUUUUUCUAAAAUAAAUAAUGUAAAAAAAUCAAGUAAUUUUACAGUAAAAUGUUAUGAAAGUACUCAUUAAUGCUUCUAAAUACAAUAUGUAGUCUUUCAGAAAAAAUAAUUUAUUUACCUUUUUCAGUCAACAUGUAAAUUAGUACUGUUUUUGUGUUUUCACUAGUUAUUGCCUGUAAUUUAACACAAAACGAGUUAAUUUUAAUUUUUUUUUAGUUUUCUUGCACUUUGGCGCCCCCUUGAGGCAGCAGGGAUUGUGUUUAAGUUAUUAAAACACCUGAAUCCUGCAGUGUACAUCUAUUAAUUUUUUGUUGUUACCUCACUGACUGCAUGAAGGUCUCGCUGCAGGAAGUCCGAUGAGGUCACUUCCUGUUCUGCUGACCUCCAGCAGGUUAUUCUCACAGUUUGGUGAAGAAAGCUGCAUCAGAAAAGAUGAGGAAGUUUGAUGCUCAGCAUCACGGUGACAGACUGCUGGGAGUUAAAGUUACAGGUAUUCAUUUGCACUUUGUGGUUUCUGGACUCUUUUUUUGUGCAGUUUUCCAAAUGCAAUAAAGGUUUCACAA